AUGGGGUUAACGGAGCAUUGGUCUCACAUAGACCCAAGACGAGCUGCUGCUGAUGUUGAGCGGCUUGUAGUUAUGCGGCUGUUAGAAUUGACCAAGUUGCAAAUGAGUGGGCUCGGGUAUAAACUGCGGACUCAAAUUUCAAAGGCUUUGAAGACUCGUGCAAAUGCAAUCUGUAAUGCCCUUGAGCGAUACAACAAAUUUGCUGUGCAACUCGAUCCUCCACGCCCUCAGCUUACUUGGGAGAAGAUUGCUGAAUAUUCUUUCACAGGCGAAUUUGAUCUCCUACAUGAAACUGAUGGGCAGAUUCAUGUGAAGCGCUGGGCAAGUCCUGCCAAUCAUCAAGCUGCUUUACAAUAUUUUGAUGCUCAGCGCUCGAAGGAAGAGCUCACCAGAUGUGAUGUUGAGAUUGUCCGGUUGCUAACGAAGAUGAGAGACGAUGAGGAAGACUAUAUGAUCUCACUUUCAAAGUUACGGUCCACUGACCCUCCUCUUGCUGCAGAACUACACCGUCGCUGGACACAUCUCCACAACAUCAAUGCAGGGCACCAUGACCGUAUUCAACAAAUUCAGCAACUUGCUGGUUAUACUGGGAGUUUCAGUCCAGGUUUUCGAAUUGGUCGCCCAGUUCAGCCUUUCAUCAGCACUGCCCAUGGUUCAGAUAAUCCGGAGUUGCAGGAUGAUGGUGAUGGCAUGCCUGAGGAAAUGGGAUCCGCAGUUCUCUAUAUUCUAGCAUCCCAGUUUAAAUAUUGA